AUGUCUAAAACAUCAUUAAUUCCUCUUGAUUUUUUUCUUGAUAUGUGUCCAUUCGAUCUCUAUUCUAAAACAGGUCCAUCAAUUCCAUCAUGUAAUCCAUCAAUAGCACCCGAUAUAUCAAUAAUUCAUGGUAUGAAUUUAUCAACAAACAAUAUUAAUACAACAACAUGUCUUGAAUCUCAUAUAAAUCAUCCAAUGCUUAAUGGUGAACUUCUACUUUCAUAUUGUCCAUCAACAUCACUUAAUAUUCCAUCAACAAAUGAAACAAUUAAAUCAGUACCAUCACUUAUACCAUGUGCAUUAACACAAUGUUGUACAAAUAAUAAUCUUCAAACAAUAAUUAAUUUAUUUAAAACAAUAAAUGAAUAUUUAGAUGAUAUAAUACGUCUAUUAAUUCAUAUGGAUACAAGUUCUGAUAGACGUAUGCAUAAUAUAAAUAAUCUUUUACAAAAUAUACAAUUUAUUGUUGAACGUUUUAUAUAUAUACAACAAAAAAUUAUUAAACCAUUUAAUGAUUCAUCAAGUGAUAUGUUAAAAUUAAAUAUGUUAAUACGUUCAAAUAAUAAUCAAUUAAAUACUACUACUACUACUAAUAAUAAUAAUCAUAAUAAUUCAAUUUAUUUAGAUCAUCGUUUACAUGAAGAAUUUAUUUUAAUAUUAAAACAAAUUAUUUUAUUAAUUGAUUCAUCACGUUUAUCAACAAUAUUAACAAAUAUUAAUUUACAACAUAAACUUGAUUCAAUUCAUGAACAAACAAAUCUUAUGCAUGAACAUCUUGUUACAAUUACACGUAAACUUGAAACGAAUAUUAUAUAA